UGUAAGCUCUCUUAUAAUAUAAAAUAAGAAGAACUAAGAUCAGCAGAGCAAACAGAGAAGUGUUCUUCAUCCAAUAUUUCUCAACAAAAAUGUCAAGAAACAUAAUAAAAGAAGGGGUGAAGAAGGUGGGGCGUUUGACAAAAAGUGAAAGGUUCCCUAUACUUGAAGGGCACCCAAUUGGACAAGAACAUGGAAAAGAAGCAGUGGAGUCUGUUGGGAACCUUAAAAAAGCCAUGAAAUUAGGUGGUGAUAAAGCUAAGAAGACUAAGGAAUUCAGAAUCUAUAGGUGGAGUCCUGAUAAUCCUAGCCAAAAGCCCUUUCUUCAAUCUUUUUUUAUUGACCUUCCUUCCUGUGGCCCCAUGGUUCUAGAUGCAUUGCAAAAGAUGAAGGGGGAGGAAGAUUCAAGUUUGAGUUAUAGGAGGUCAUGUAGAGAAGGAAUAUGUGGAUCAUGCUCGAUGAACAUCGAUGGGGUUAACACAGUGGCAUGUCUCAAGCCUAUUGAUACAGAUACAAGCAGGCCAACUACCAUCACUCCUCUUCCUCACAUGUUUGUCAUCAAAGAUUUGGUCGUUGAUCUCACUAAUUUCUACCAGCAGUACAAGUCUAUAGAGCCAUGGUUAAAGACACGAAAACCGCCCCAAGACGGGAGAGAAUAUAGGCAAACACCAGAGGAUAGGAAGAAGCUUGAUGGGUUAUAUGAAUGCAUAUUAUGUGCUUGCUGCAGCACUUCUUGCCCUUCUUACUGGUGGAAUCCGGAAGAGUUCCUUGGACCUGCUGCCUUGCUCCAUGCCUAUCGAUGGAUCUCCGACAGUCGAGAUGAUUUUGCGAGUGAGAGAUUGCAGGGGAUAACAGAGGACAAGGGGAGGUUAUAUCGGUGCAGGACUAUAAGAAAUUGCACAGCAUGUUGCCCCAAAAGCCUUAAUCCUGCUAAUGCCAUAAACAAGAUGAAGGCUAGGCAUUUAAUUGAUACGCCAGUGGAGGACCUUGAAGCUGAGCCCGAGCCUCGUUUUGGGCAAGCCUAAUGUGUUAUCCUUCUUUGAAGGGGGAAGUAUUAGGAACUCUAGUGUGUGGUUAGCAAAUAAUAAUUGUAAUACGUAGAAGUUUAUUAUAGUUUGUCCUUGUUAUCUUAUUAUUUUGUGUGUGAUCCGUCUAGUUCACCUUCUACUUCCAUUCAGAUAGUCGAUUUAUAGUCGGAUGUUACAGUAUCCUCAAUGAUUAUUACCUAUGAUAAAUAAGACAGACAUGUUAAACCA